UUUUGCCAUCCUCAGAUCUCUCUCUCUCUCUCUCUCUCUCUCUCUCUCUCUAUAAGCUUCACUGACCUCUCAGCUCACUACCCACCUCCCCAAGUUCCCAUCUUCCCGCCGACCCGCCAUGGAUCUCCUCCUCAAACCUUCAAGAUUCGCCGCAAGAUUGGUUUUUGCCCACCUUUAGCAGCAGCCCUCCCCAGCUCCCGGGUCGGGUCGGAGAUGAAACGGCCUGCUCGCCCUCUGUUCAGCAUCCUCCUCCUCGCCGCCUUCGCCGCCACCCUCACCUGCCGCGCCUUCCUCCGCCGCGGCCUCUCCCCCUUCGACCUCGAGGCUGGCCGGAAACACCUUCCUCCCCCCGUCUUCAACUCCACUCUCCUCAAGCUCGCGGAGACCGAUUUGGGCGAGCCCAAGUUCAAGCAGGACACGGAGAACCUGCUCGAGGGGAACUUCGCGGGCCAGUCGUGGAGGUACCGGAACUUCGCCCCGAUGCGGCGGGUGAGGUCGUCCUCGUCGAUCGGCACCGCCCACCCGCUCGCCAUCCGGUCCCCGAGGUACUACCGGUUCUUCUUGGACUUCCGGAGGAACUUGCAGGAUUGGGCUAGGAGAAAGAGGUUCCAAGAUGAUAUAAUGUCGGAUUUGGUCCGGCAGGUGAAGCACCCGAUUGACCGGCAUUACGGACUCCCGGUCUCGGAACGAAAAUAUUCCUCCUGCGCCGUGGUCGGGAACAGCGGGAUUCUCCUCAAGAGCAAUUAUGGGAAGUUGAUCGAUAGCCACGAGGCGGUGAUUCGGCUGAACAAUGCGAGAGUCAGUAGCUUCGAGGGCAAUGUCGGGUCGAAGACCACCAUAUCCUUUGUAAAUAGUAACAUCCUCCAGCUCUGUUCGAGGAGGCAGGGCUGCUUCUGCCACCCUUAUGGAGCUGAUGUUCCUAUCCUCAUGUACAUUUGCCAGGCCGUCCACUUCCUCGAUUACACGGUCUGCAACUCGUCCCACAAAUCGCCCCUCCUUGUAACCGAUCCGAGGUUCGAUGUACUCUGUGCCCGAAUUGCAAAGUAUUACUCCUUGAAGCGGUUCGUGAUGGUCACGGGGAAGCAAUUGGAGGGCUGGGCCAAGGUUCACGAUGGCCGGAAUUUCCACUACUCUUCCGGGAUGCAGGCGAUAAUGCUGGCUUUGGGUAUUUGUGAUAAAGUUAGCGUUUUUGGGUUCGGGAAGUCGGGUUCUGCCAAGCACCAUUACCAUACGAACCAGAAGGGCGAGCUCCACUUGCACGACUACGAAGCUGAAUACGACUUGUACCAUGAUCUUAUGGAGAGGCCUCAGGCAGUUCCAUUUAUCUCGGAGAAGUUUGAGUUCCCUCCGAUGGUAAUGUAUCACUAAGCACAGGACGGUGGAGAACUAGUCUGCAUUCGAUUGUUUGUUCGUGGAAGGAUGAGGAUCAGAUUGUUGUAACUCAUGUUAUAACUGUUUGUUAGGUUACCACGAGAUUGGUUUACGGUUAAGGAAUAGUGAUAAUAGGAUUCGUGCGGGCUCCCAAGCUGAUCAAAGUAGUUUCGGGAUCGAUACUCAUAUCAAAUGUAAGAUUGAAUUUCUAGCAGCAAUACAAUUCACAACAUUCAGUUAUGUUGCUGUUCAA